AUCAGACACCGCAGUGUGAUGAAGCUGCCGCCGCUCAGAAAACCAGCUGUUUGGGUCCAGAACCUCAGGAUUUCACUGUCCCUAUUCAACAGCAGGUCCUCUAAUAAGAGUCUGACCUGUCCAGGAAGUAGCCAUUCCUCAGUAUGUCGGGGCUGACAGCCAGCACAACAACCUACCUGUGGUCCCUGCAGGAUGUCCUGGGUCAGGGGGCCACUGCCAGCGUCUACAAGGCUCGGAAUAAGAAGUCGGGUGAACUUGUAGCCGUCAAGGUGUUCAACAUGGUGAGCUACAACCGCCCACAUGAGGUCCAGAUGAGAGAGUUUGAGAUGCUGAGAAAGCUUAACCACAGCAAUAUUGUCAGGCUGUUCACUGUGGAGGAGCUGCCCUCCAAACAGAAGGUGCUGGUGAUGGAGUAUUGUUCAGGAGGAAGUUUGCUCAGCCUGCUGGAGGAGCCAGAAAACGCCUUUGGUCUGCCUGAAACAGAGUUCCUCACUGUAUUACAGUGUGUAGUGCAGGGUAUGAACCACCUGCGGGAAAAUGGUGUGGUACACCGGGACAUUAAGCCAGGAAACAUCAUGCGGCAGGUCGGGGAGGACGGCAAGUCUGUCUACAAGCUGACAGACUUUGGAGCAGCAAGAGAGUUAGACGAUGAUGAAAAGUUUGUAUCCAUUUAUGGAACUGAAGAGUAUCUGCAUCCAGACAUGUAUGAGCGUGCUGUGCUGCGUAAGCCUCAUCAGAAAUCCUAUGGAGUGAGUGUUGACCUGUGGAGUAUUGGUGUAACCUUAUACCAUGCUGCCACAGGGAGUCUUCCCUUCACACCGUAUGAAGGACCCCGCAGGAACAAACCCACCAUGUACAAAAUAACCACAGGGAAACCUAUGGGAGCAAUAGCUGGCGUCCAGCGGGUGGAGGGUGGACCUAUAGAGUGGAGCUACCACCUACCUCACAGCUGUCAGCUGUCACAGGGUCUGAGGGUGCAGCUGGUUCCAGUGCUAGCAGGGAUACUGGAGGCUGACCAGGAGAGGUGUUGGGGUUUCGACCAGUUCUUCACAGCCACCACGGAUGUAUUACAGCGGCAGCCAGUUCAUCUCUUCUCUCUGCAGCAGGCCAUGCCACACAGUAUCUACAUACAGCACUACAACACCGUGUCAGCCUUCUUUGAGGAGGUGGCGUCUCAGACUGGUAUCGGAGUGCAGCAGCAACACCUGAUGUAUCUGGGUCAUGACCUCCCCCUGGAGGGCAACAUGAAGGUGGUCAACCUUCCACGUACGUCCCCUUCUCGGCCCCUCAUUCUGCUCAGCUAUGCACCUGAAGCAAACACCAGCCUGCCCUUCAGAGAACCAGAGACUCCCGUCAUUCCUUCCAAGUUUGAUGUCAUGGCAGACUACAGUUUCUCCAAGGUGAUAGUAGGCGUGGUCCACCAGUAUCUGAGGAUAGUACAGCUGCUGCACACACACCGAGAGCUGCUGCUGCAGGGAUACUACAGCUACAUGAUGAAGAUGCGCAGUGAAUGUGGAGAAGCCAUGCACAGUAUUGCGAUGAUCACCGUUAGAUUGCAGUCCUGCCUCAGUGCAGAUCACAGAUUUCAUACACUGGGCCCUUACACUUCAGAAAAUCAAGGCUUAGCUGAUCACAGUCAAAAGCUACAACUGGUCCAUAAACACCUACCGAUAUACACAGCUGGCAUCCAAGAGUUUCAGAACCAGCUGGACCACCUGCAGAUAGAACAGGCCAAGCUGUCAGAGACUCUGGCCAAUGACAAGAGCUGUCAGAAGAUGGAGAUGCUGCUGCAGAAGAUAAUGGCAAUUCAUCAGCAGUAUCGUAAAGACAGACUGACUGGCAAGCUGGCGUAUAAUGACGAGCAAAUCCACAAAUUUGAGAAAAUCCACCUGUCAUCCUACAUUAAGCGAGUGAAAUCUCUCUUCCGGGAGGACUACGUGCACAGAUACAAAGAGCUUUUAGCCUCAACGAGGAAGUGGAGCAGUGUAUUGCUGGAAAUGCAGACACGACUACAGGACUUCAGUUCUUUCUCUACAGGCUUGUUGGCAGACUUGGAGAUGAGUGAGCAGCGCCAGAAUAAGGCGAUGGACAGAAUCCUUUUCAGUCUGCAGUCCAAGAGGGAAGGACAACAGCCUGGAAUUGCACCCAGAGACAAGGACCAGAUGGUGUCCAGGAUGCACCAUUUGAAGGAGGAAAUGGAGAUCUUGGUGAGGGAGCUGCAGUGUAACAACAACGUUAUCGAGAGUCUGGGAGCAGUGAACCCAUCAGCAGCUCUGGAACCGAGUCUGGCCCGACCCUCCACACUGUGAUGAAAAAAAAAGAAGACGCAGCAUCCGUGGUUGCUAAACUCCCAAAUUCACACACACUCUCUCUGACAACCGCCUCAUUUGAAGUGCCAUUAAUAAACAAUUUGGCGGAUGUGUUUUUUCCAAGGACUGCUAUAUGAAGAGGAAGCAGCUGAAGACGAUCGAUAAAAUGUGAAUCUCAAUUUAGAGAUAAGAUGUACAGAAAGACUAAAGAGGAAAGGCCACCGCGGCGACUGAGUACAGCAGUUCAAUACAAACCUCAUUAAUGCCUUUAAGUGUUAUUGUAUUUUUAAUAGGCUGCCAUCGUGAUCGACUGUCAGGGUAAAACAGAAUGAAUGCCAAGUCAGCAGUUGGGCUGUUUUUGUGGUUGUGUUUGUUAUUUACCCUACAGAAGAAGCACUGUAGAUUUAGGAUAACCCUUAAUGAUACAUUUAACCUGACUCAAUCUGUAAGUGCAUUUCUAUUUGUAUUGCUGUCCUGGUUGUGAGUCUGGUCUGGGUUUGAAUCAUAUUUGGGAUAUGAUGUGUACAGAGGAACAUCAGUAAUGGGGUUAUUCAUUUUACAGCAGUAUCAAGGCUUGUGAUCAUCUUUGUGCAUCCAACGUCUCACCAUCUCAGUGACAAUAGUCUGUUUAGAAACCUGAAUAACUCCAGGUGCAUCCAGGUAACAUGUUCAGGUUUUUUUUUGGUUUUAUCCAGGUUUCUGAAAUCCAAAACUUGAUUUUAAUCAGGAUACUUGUAAGCUGUCAUGUAGCCGGAAAUCUACAUCUCUUUAUGUGUGUUUGAUGAAAAGAGGGGUGUGAGUUGUCAAAUAUGACUUUAUUUGUACAUUUACUUCAAGUAUAUCAUUAAUUCAUUGAAUGAAUACUGAUUUAUAGCGUGAUUAACUAUGUGAAUCUCCAGGCGAACCGCAGUUUAGUCUGCGGUUUUAAAGUUUGUCUCUGUUCCUGCUGACGUUUCACAGGAAUAAUAGGUUAUUUCUCUGUAUUUUAUCACGGGAUUCCCAGUAAAAGAGAAGACACCCAAUCGGGGGAAACUCUGCACUCACCACAGAGUCUGCUGUUAUUUACAGAAGUGCACGUAACUAUCACAGUUAAGUGACUGUAUAGCAAAAUAACAUUAUGAAGUGACAUUAACCCGUGUGGGCUCCCCUGAGGGGAAAUCCCAGACUUUGUUAUGUGUUGUUUAUAAAAGGUCAAAGCAUGAGGUGAUGCAUGGGGUCAGAGAAUUUGUUUUAAUGUUCCUCUUUAUAUAAUUUUUUAUUGUCACGUUUUUAGCCUUCUACUCUUCUUGAGAAAUAACGUGACCUGACGCCACUGAGUCUAUUUUCAGGCUGUAAAGUGAAAGUAAAAAAAUCAUUUCAUGUCCUCGCCUUACAGUUUACAGUGAUGAGGAAACAUCACGCUCUGGAAAUUCUGUAAGGUUAUGAAUGACUGUGACAAUAGUGCUCAAAAAACUGAGCAUAUAAAACAACUGUUGUGACACUCACAAGCCCACUGAAAUAAACUGAAAGUUUUCUAUUCAGUC